CCGCCUCUUCCUCCGAACUACCUAAUAUCGUCAAGACCUCGCCUUCAGGUAAGAGACUCACCGUCCACUCCCACACUGGCUCCUUCUCGGACCCGGAGGUGGUAAGGAGAAGCGUGCUCGUUGCUCAUCCGGCCGUGACAGAAGUCAUUCCAGGCGGAUGACGACACGCCGGCUUCUAUCGCCGAGUCAAACGAAUACUCAGGCCAGGUGGAUCCUCAUCGCAUCUUCCGCGUCUCGUGGCGAGGCACCGAAAUGACCGCAAACGCUGAUUCAUUCCGUUCGUUCUGCGAUCGUAUGGAUGGGUUCACACGGCUAAUAGCCGCGAAGCGGGACACGAUGCGUGCUGAGCGAACUGCGCUGGUGGAAGAGGUGGGGAGUAGCAGUGCGACGCUGCCUUACAUUCCCAAAGUGGCCGACUUGAAGCUUUGCGAAUUUUGUCCUGAAGCUGAUGGUGACAGUGACGGAGAGACGCAGCAGCAUCGGCAGGGCGCACUAGAUGCGUUGAACGGCUCGACUUCCAUCCCUGCGCCGUCAAUCACGCAUGGAGCGCCAAGGAAGGUCAGACACCCGGACAGCCUGCUGCCGGGCAAGAGCGCGCCCGUCGAGCGCAAGCCUCUCGUGACACCUUCUGCAAGUACAGCCCGAGCACAAGGCUCCCGAGGCUACUGAUCCCACGCCAACGAGCCAAGACAGGA